CCCAAGCGCCCCGGCUGAGCGGCUCCAGGGGGCGGAGCUACGGGCCUGACCCUUCCCGGAUUCCGUAGCAAAUCGCGGCCCGGAAGAGAGGCGCAGAGUCCACAGGGUCUGUACGCUGCCUUCACGGCCAACAGUGAUGACGUCACCAUCCGCAGAAGACCCAUUUCCGAGCUGCACCAGAGCAUGAGAAUCUUACUGAAGCCAUUUGGAUUCUCAAGACUUCUGCAAGCCGAAUGGUGUUACCUCAGUGAAUCAAUAUUGUUGUUUACACUGGUACCGAGACUUAGGAAAGCAUCUACUAAUUUCUUAUUGGGUCAAAGACAAGGGUUCUCAACCAUGCCAGAAGCGGAAGCAAGCGUGAGAGAUAGGGAGUUGUUUUCACCACCCUCUGAUGUUCGAGGAAUGACAAAACUUGAUAGAACAGCUUUUAAAAAGACAGUGCCCAUCCCCGUGCUUAAGGCGAGGAAAGAAGUAGUCAGCAGAUUGAUGCGAGCCCUCAGGAGAGUAGCGCUGCAGCGCCCGGGCAUAAAGCGAGUGAUUGAGGACCCCAAGGAUGAAGACAGUAGGCUGAUCAUGUUGGAUCCCUACAGAAUGCUUACCAGUGAUUCCUUUGAGAAACCAGAACUCAGUGCUUUAAAAGAACUUGAUGUCAACCCACAGUUAUCACAGUACAACUUGGAACUCACAUAUGAAAAUUUUAAGUCAGAAGAAAUUUUGAGAGCUGUGCUUCCUGAGGGUCAAGAUGUGACCUCUGGAUUCAGCAGAGUUGGACAUAUUGCACACCUGAAUCUCCGAGAUCAUCAGCUGCCGUUCAAGCAUUUAAUUGGCCAAGUUAUGGUUGACAAAAACCCAGGAAUCACCUCAGCAGUAAAUAAAACCAGCAACAUUGACAAUACUUAUCGAAAUUUCCAAAUGGAAGUGCUGUGUGGAGAGGAGAAUAUGCUGACCAAGGUUCGAGAAAACAACUACACAUAUGAGUUUGAUUUCUCCAAAGUCUACUGGAAUCCUCGUCUCUCUACCGAACAUGGCCGGAUCACUGAACUUCUCAACCCUGGAGAUGUCUUGUUCGAUGUUUUUGCUGGGGUCGGGCCCUUUGCCAUUCCGGCAGCAAGGAAAAACUGCACAGUGUUUGCCAACGAUCUCAACCCCGAGUCCCACAGAUGGCUGCUGCACAACUGUAAGCUGAAUAAAGUUGACCAGAAAGUAAAAGUCUUUAACAUGGAUGGAAAAGACUUCCUCCAAGGGCCAGUGAGAGAAGAGUUAAUGCUUCGGCUAGGACUGUCAACUGAAGGAAAGCCCUCUCUCCACAUUGUCAUGAACUUGCCAGCUAAGGCCAUCGAGUUUCUCAGUGUUUUCAGAUCCCUUUUGGAUGGGCAGCCGUGCAGCACAGAGCGCCUACCCAUAGUGCACUGUUACUGCUUCUCCAAAGAUAGCGACCCUGCUAAGGAUGCUCGCCAGCGGGCAGAAGCUGUGCUGGGCGUUUGUUUGGAGGCCAGUAGUUCAGUUCACCUCGUAAGGAACGUGGCCCCUAACAAGGAGAUGCUGUGCAUCACCUUCCAGAUUCCCACUGCUACACUCUACAGGGACCAAGCCCUCGGUCUACAGAAUGACCAAGAGCCGCCUCUUAAACGGCAGAAGACAGGUUCAAUGCUUCGAUCCCUGUCUGAAGAAUAGAAGUAAAAAAUAAAUCUCUUCCAUGAAUCUAUAUGCAACACAUUUCUCAGCUUGGUCCAGACUGCCAUAAACACCUGAACACAGCAGCCAGCGGUGGUGUGCUGUGCAGCUGCGUGGGCUGGGACUUUACAAAUUUCUUUACUUCCAAACCCCUUGGUUUGGUUCCAAGAUCCAGAUUUUAUAAAUGAGAAAAUACAGGCUAUCUGGGCUGCCAGAAAAGCCCACUGAAUGCAUCCUGUAGCGCUCUGUGACAAGCAAGAGAAGAAGUAUAGCCGCCAGCUAGAUCCUGUGGAGAUGCAGCUCGGACGUGGUUCAAAUACCUGAAAGAAAACAGAAAGUACAACACUGACGUGAAACCGUAGGUCAGUGACAGUUGGCAAAGCAAGUGUGAAACUGAUUCCACAUUUGGAAAGGAAUUCCAAGACUGAAAUGUUCAGGUUUUUAUAAAUGAACAUUACUUUUUAAAAGGAAACAUGCCAACUGUAUAUAUGGAUUGGCCAACUGCUAAGUUACAAAGGACGAUGAAGUCUAAGAAUAGUCCUUAUAACCUAUACAUUUUGAUGAAAUGUUAAACUGUUCACUGUUUCAAACUUUCCAGUACUGAUUGGUUUUGUUGGAGGCUGUUUGGGGCAUCCAAUGAAUGCUGUCCUUUCCAGAACGCUCUUGAUACAAACACAUCGUGACACGAUUAUGCUACUCACAUUUUUACAAAGGCAUUUUAAAGCAAAAAUCUUACAUAUGGAAAAUAAACGCAGCCAGAAAGAGAGCACACAAUAGUUCAAAAUCACCUUAGUAUCCCAUUGUCUCCUUCCUUGCAAAGGAAGAAACCUUAGAAAUAACAAGUCCAGGAAGCCGGAGAUGAACCUAAGCUGAACCACUGACCUGAAGAGUCAGGUUAUAGUCAUGAGGACAGAAGAACUGAACCCACCACAAAAGACAAAACAACAAUGUUUCUUCAAGCUCUUUUUUAACCAAUGAAAAAUUUUCUGCCUUCAUAAAAAUAGACAAAACAGGCCUAAAAGCUAAGGGGAUGUCAGCAGAGGAAUGACUCGUCAGUCAGUCCACAACUGCAGGAAAGAAUCAUUGCAGUCUUGCGUUCCUGACUCUGGAGGAAGCCACAUGGGCCCUGGAAACAAAGCUGCUUCACCCACAUUCAGAAUUACAGGUAUGGCAAAUGAAUAAAUCAGGAGGCAGGACACUUUAAUAGCUUGGAGCCUUUUCUACUUAUUCAUUCUAACUUCCUGUGUGUCAAGAUCUUAAUGCAUGAGCAACUUCUUAUUUCUAACAUAAUAACAAGUCAGCUUUUUGUUUGUGUCUGUUUUAAUAAGCUUGUAUGAUUAAAACAUAUAUGGCAACUUAAGGAACCAAGUAGAAGCUGACAGGCCAAACUCCUGGAAUUGGCUAUAAUUUACUCACAUUGCCACAAAUCAUGGUCUUAACUCAAAUCUUUGCUUUUCUGCCAAGGGUAAAAGUCAAAGGAGAAAGAAAUGAAUGCUUAUUUAGCAACAAUCCAAAACUCUUUGAGCAGUAUAUUUAUAGCAUACAAGUUAUUUGUAUAUCUACCCUUAAAACUUAUUUAUAAGUUAUAAAGAACAUUAGUAAUGGAUACUCUAUGUAAUGUAAUCAUAUAAUUGUAUACAAUUAUAGGAUCAUAUGAAAUGAAUAUAAAUGAAAAAUUUUAAGAGAUAAAAUAAAACAUGAAUUAUGCCAUAUUACAGGCCUCUGAGGAUGCAUCCUACUUCAGAGACUGUGUUAAGUGUCACUGAUGAGCUCCUGGUAGAGCCCUAAGUCUCACAGGAACUGAACAGGAAUAAAUUAGAUCUACCACGUAAAUAUAAUGUUAUUUUCUUAUUACUCUCCCAGAGCACAAUAAAUGCCAGCUGUUAAGAUUCUGCUGGAUAGAGCAGGGUGUGGCAGUGCUCGCCUUUAAUCCCAACACUCAAGAGGCAGAGGCAGGCGGAUCUCUGAGUUUGAGGCCAGUCUGGUCUACAGAGUGAGUUCCAGAAUAGCCAGAGCUACAAAGUAAAACCUGUCACAAAAACAAACAAGCAAACAAACACGAGCAAAACAAAACAACCCGAAAAGGAUUCCUACCAACAAACAAGGUGCAUGGCAGCUGCCUGAGAGAGUAAACUCAACUCCUAACACCAGAGCCUCAGUGCUAAUCACAUUGAUAAGUAACAGAACUUAGAUACUCCCAUUUUUGACUUGUGUUUAACUGAUUUUUAUCCACAUACCAAAGAAUGGCACAUUGCUCUCUCCUCAGAUCCUCAAAAGAAAAGUCCUAUAUGGUUCACAACCCACAGAAUCCAAAUGCUGCAGCGCUUGUCAACAGUCAGAAAAUAAUUGUCACGAGUGGAUUGGCUUUCCCAGCCGUAAUAGAACUCCAUGAGCAGCUAACUAUUGAUUCAUUGCAUUUGGUCUGGCUUGCUUCUGGGAAAGUUGAGUCACACCAGCCUGGCUUGGCAAGUCCAGUACACACACUUGGAGUGUGCAUCCAGCUUUUUAUAUGUUAUGUUGAGAAGCCUGAAACAGCUGCACGGCUGGCAGGCAAGCCAGGCCCCGUAAAAUACCUAAAACAGUUGCAUCUUCUAAUUUAUGAUGGUGCACUGUUUCCAUAAAGAGUAUAUAAAACGGUUCAGCUUUUAUAAGGAAAAUGUAAUAAACAGUCAUACUCAUUGAGGCCAUAAAUGCAUUUUUUAAAAGUUUAUCUAAAAUGAUUAAUUAGUGUUUGAAAAUAGUACUUCUUGAACACAGUCAUAAUCCAAAGCAAUGAGCAAAUAUUGUUAAAGUUGAGUUAUUAAUGGUAAGUUGUGCGAUUCUCAUUGCCAAAAUAAGUCAAAUAAAAUGUCUUUGCGCAACAGUGAAGAGUAUGCAUUUCACUGUGUAGUCACUUACACUAAGCAUGUCUGGGACUAUGGCCUUUAAGAGUCCUCCCUACUUAGAUUGCUCUUUUUGAUCUCCGGGGCUAUACAAAACUUUUACUGUUAACUGUUUCAAAAUAUUUGAACCAAGGCAAUCUGUAUUAAUUCCAUUUAAAAACAUAGUUGAUUCUUACUAUUUGGUUGUGGGAUUUUGUUUCUUGGUGUUUUAAUUCACUGUUUAAAUCCUUUAAUCAUUCUGGUAUGCCGGAGUUCUUUAAGGAUCUGCCACACUGGAACCAGAUGUCAAAAAUUUAGGUUUUGCCUUCCUUCCCCACCUGUCUCCACACCUCUGUUUAUUCUUCUGUGAUUAUAAAUGACAUCUCUUGGGACUAUGUCAUAGGUCAGCAACAUUUAAUGUAUAAUUCUAUAUAACAAAACAAGAAAUAUACCUUAUGCAAAUUCAUUUCCAGAAAUCAGAAAGCUUUCUGGGUCCUGGAUACAACAGCUCUACUUAGCCAAUCCCAAGACACUAGUUCUGCUUUUUGUGGCUUUAAUUUAAAUAUGUCUUAAGUCUUAUACAUAAAAACCAAUGUGAGGCUGCUUAUUUUGGCAGCUCUACCCUAUUUUUACUGAAAACAGACUAAAGUCAGAUUUUUUUAAAAAAUCAUAAUUUUCUCGAUAAAGCGUAACUAUGUCUUCAAAACCAAUUAUAACUCUUAUAUAAAGGACAUUUUGCACUCUGCACAUGCUCCGUGUAAAGUUGCCUUCCUGUGUAGCUGUGUAGUAUGGUCGCGAGUGGACUCUGGAGACGCAGGGGAAGGCACAGCACGGUGGGCCUUAAGAGGGGAAGGAGCUGAGACAUUAGACUCGGUGGUUUUCCUGAACUUCAAUUUACACCGUCACUUUUUCUUCUCACUUUUAGCAGUUUUUGUUCCCCAGUAGGUGGUAUAAUUACACUUUGCUUCAGGAAGCCUUUGUUUCCAGAGGUCUGGACAGAGAGUGCCUCUGAGCCUCCUCUUACUAUUUGCUUCCCUUUAAGAGUCUUGCACUGCCCACCUGGCAGACAUCUUGCAUUCAGCUCCUCCUGCUGCUGGUCAAACGGAGCUCCCAGGAAGGGGCAGAGUGCAGAGCGAGCCAGCAAUGCCACUAUAAGCAGUGGUCACAUCUCUUUGUGAUAAAGCCAGCAUGCCCUUUGGAACAAGUUUCAGAAUUGAAAUGGAAAUAAAAAUGGUUUCAUAUUA